GGACAAUCAUAUAAUGGGCUCCCAUCUAGCAAAAAAGCAAGGGAACUAUUGGGCUCAGGUCCUAGCUCAACGCACCAAAUUAGCUCAGAAUUUUAAUCUCCCCCACUCGAAUCAUUUGUGCGCUUCAAUUCUCUGGACCGAGAAUAAAGGUAAGAGGAGUGAACAUAGUAGCACCGAGGAAGAAAUUCGUCAAUGUCAAUAAUUCAGAAGAGUAGAAGUUUGUGCAGUCGAAUUUGGAGAUCGUCGGCGGCACCUGGCCUCUUUUUCUCCACUCCUUGGUCUUCCACUCAGCUCCGCCUUAAAUUUUGCGGCUCUGAUGUCAGACCAGGAAACGUUAUUGAAAGAAAAGGAAAAAUAUAUCAGGUCGUAAAAAUGAUGCAUAGGACACCAGGAAAAGGAGGAGCUCUCAUACAGGUUGAGCUUCGUGAUGUUGAUAGCGGAAAUAAGGUCAAUGAAAGAUUGCGGACAGAUGAGGCAAUUGAAAGAGUAUAUGUUGAACAAAAGAGAUACACGUACCUUUACACGGAUGAAGAAACUGACUCUGUUGUGCUAAUGGAGCCUAGUACAUAUAAUCAAGUGGAAGUGCCCAAGGAACUGUUUGGUGGAGCUCUUGCAUAUUUAAAAGAUGAUAUGUCCGUCACUGUUGAAAUGUAUGAUGAUAAACCAAUGUCUGCAUCAGUUCCUCCAAGGGUGACAUGCACUGUUGUAGAAACACCAGCUCCGGUUAGGGGCAUUGGAGCCACUCCUCAUACAAAGAAGGCUCUGUUGGACAAUGGCCUAACUAUUCAGGUACCAGCUCACAUAUUAACUGGAGACCAGUUACUUAUUGAUACAACAGAUAAUUCUUACAUGAGCAGGGCAUAAAUGGAAAUCGUGCCAUAUCAAAGCAGUUCUACAUCCUAAUGUUGACGAGUUUGCUGGAAACAAUCAUGAAGUUUAGACUAUAAAUUGUGGGAGAGGGAAAGUGGAAAUGAAGUUUUGAUUUCUAAAAAUUAGGGGCUUAGUGUUCAAAGCUUAUUUGUACCAAGAGAUUUCAUAAAAUAAAAUAAAAUAUAGAUGAUGUGAUCUGCGGGAGUAAAAGAAGACGGACGGAUUUCAGAUUGUGCAAGUUAUGAGGUUGAUUUUUUAGAGACUUCCUUGGUAAUGAAGGCUUCUUUAUUAUAUUCAAGAAUUUAUUAUUUUUGAAUA